AUGCAUCCUCGACCUAUUCUGAAAGCUAGGUUUUCUAGUUUCACUCAGCGCUCCCCAGUAUCAGCCUCUCCGUCGUCGUCGUUAUCUAACAACCCCCUUCCCUUUUACUCCGGCUUGCACACGCCUCAUGUUCAUUUCCCUCCGACACCGGUCAUCGCAUCUACACAGCCAACUCAUUCCUCAUCGACCUAUGAUAGGACAGCUAUAACUGUGUCUCCGAAUUCUUGCGAGCUGCCUGAGCGUGGUGGGAGGUGCUAUUCACCGAGUUAUGCAACACAUGCUCCACGAGUGACAGUGAACAGCUAUUUCGAUCCUUUGGCGGGGAAGGCUUGUGACACUGCUUUCUAUGACACCAGUACACCCCCACUGUUAAUACCGGAUCUUUCCUCGUCAUCGUCUUCCGAAUCUGAAGACUCCGAC